ACUCGAAUUCGUCUGUGUUUGAUCUAUCCGCUGUUCAAGAACCAGACCCAGAAAUGAAAGUAAAUGGAAUGGGCUUCCUCGGCCCGUAUUUUAGCGGGGAAAUACGGGCCAUCGGCCCAAUUCAGGGGUGAGCCAAUUUCACUUCUUCAAUCUUCAUCGCCCGCCGAUUUCCCCCUAAACUUCCUCGUUUCCGGUUGAGAUUUUGGGGAGGCUUUGGGAGCUGGGAAGCAGCAGUAAUGGAAUUUGAGAAGAGGAAAGCUGCGACUAUGGCGUCGCUCGGCUCAACUGAGACCGACAAAUCGCCCAAGGGAAGCUUGGACACUCCAAUCAUUCCCCUCAUCAACACUCUCAACACCCACCCGUCUUACUUCACCACAAGUUCCUGCUCCGGCCGUAUAUCUAUUCUCUCCCAACCAAUCACUAGCGCCUCUGCCGUCGCCGUGAAGCCGAAGAAGAAAGCCCUAGGUGGGUCUUGGCUGCUUGUCACUCAUGAAUUUGCCGAUCCCGACUCAGUCGUCGACCUCCUCUUCCGCUCACCAUCAACUAACGGGGAGUUAUCUGAGAUCGUGUUCAGGUUCGAACCUCUGAUCAUAGCAGUUGAAUGUAAGGACCUUGGAUCGGCUCAGGCUCUGGUUUCUUCCGCUAUAUCUUGUGGGUUCAGAGAAUCGGGGAUUACCAGUGCUAGCAAGCGUGUGAUAAUCGCAAUUCGCUGUUCUAUUCGAAUGGAGGUGCCGUUGGGGACUACAGAGAAGAUUAUGGUCUCGCCUGAGUACGUCCGAUACCUUGUCGAUGUAGCAAAUGAAAAGAUGGAGGCCAAUAAGAAGAGAACUGACGGAUUUUUUAAGACAAUGCAAAGUAGUGUGUCUGUCGUUUCUAAUGUUUCGCAGACGUGUCACGGAAUCCUAUCGAGGGAGGCAAUGGGGGAUGUGAAUGAUUCGGUGGAUAGCAAGGGACAUGUUUGUGCUGAUGAAGAGGAUGAUGGUGCAGCGCUGGAAGGCGGGGAUAGGAAUGCCACUGGAUCAUCAGAAGCAUGCAGUCAUAGUUUAUCUGUUGAACAGAUGGACAUUGUUGGGGAGCCUAUGGCGAAGCUUUUUAUUUGGGGGCACUCAGCCACUACUAUCCACAAUAAAGUUAUUGUCUUUGGUGGUUUUGGAGGCAUGGGUAGACAUGCGAGAAGAAAUGAUUUAUUACAACUUGAUAUGUCGUCAUGUUCAUUGCAGACAAUCAAUGUCGAGGACAGUCCAUCUCCUCGGCUGGGUCACACAUCGUCUUUGGUUGGAGAUUUUAUUUAUGUUAUUGGUGGCAGGACAGAUCCUACGUGUAUUCUAAAUGAUGUAUGGGUCUUUAAUACAACUCUGGAAAAAUGGACGUUACUAGAAUGCACUGGUAGCCCCUUUUCUCCUAGGCACCGGCAUGCUGCAGCUGCAGUAGGCUCAAAGAUUUAUGUGUUUGGUGGACUUGAGAAUGACAGAAUCUCAUCUUCCUUGAUUGUCCUGGACACGGAUAGUCAUCAGUGGAAAGAAAUACAGGCUGGUGGUGAACAUCCAUGUGGUCGUCAUUCACACUCAAUGGUGUCUUGUGGGUCGCAUAUUUAUAUGUUUGGGGGGUAUGAUGGGGAGAAAACUCUUGGGGACUUGUAUACUUUUGAUGCAGAUGCUUGUUUUUGGAAGAAAGAAAAUAUAGCUGGGAGAACACCGAAUGCAAGGUUCUCCCAUGCAAUGUUUGUGUAUAAAAAUUAUAUUGGAAUCAUUGGAGGUUGCCCUGUGACACAAACCUGUCAGCAGUUAUCAUUACUCGAUUUGCAUCUUCACUCUUGGACGCACGUGUCUCUAAAGUGUAUUGGCAAGGGUUUGUUUGUACGUAGCACAGCCAGUGUUGUUGGUGAUGAUGUUGUUCUAAUUGGUGGUGGAGCAUCAUGCUAUGCAUUUGGGACGAUGUUUAGCGAGCCAAUGAAAAUUAGGUUGCAUCCAUUGAUGUCUUCAGAGGUUAUUUUAGGGCAUCCUGAAACCAUAGAAAAGGUUGCGAAUCAUCUAAUUGAAGAGUUGGAGCAAAAGAACAGAGAUCCUGAAUGUCUACUCAAUGGUAAUGCUCAAAGUUUCAAUGAAGCUUCUGGCUUUACUAUUGAACGUGAAAAACCCAAUUUACAUGAACAAAAACAACAAGGUGCUUUGUAUUGGAUUUUACAAAUUGAAAAAAAGUAUGCAAAAUUAGGGAAGGACAUUUUAAAGACGUUUGGAUGGCUGGACCUGGGUAGAAAGGUUUCUUCACGGAGUAGUGGUGGAACACAUAUUUGUUUCCCAGUGAAUAGCAAAUUCUGUGAUAUAUUUGAUGAAAAGCAGUCCUGGUGGGGAGAUCAAAUUUAUCAGAAGAAUGACUUUCAUGUAUCUGAACUUGUAAGUUGUGAAGGAUUUCGGCCAAACAAAUGCUCUUACUUAGAAGCUUUGAACAUGUUAAAGAAAUGUGAUGCAACCAAACUGGUGGAUGAAGUUGUUGAGAUAAAAACAGCGACCAAAUCUCCAUAUAAAAAGAUGAGCGAAGCAGUAUACUCCCUGAUAAAGCAUAAUGGGCUAUCUGAAGAACUUUUGGAGGAGCUGCCAACAAGAUGGGAGCGACUUGGAGACAUUGUGGUGCUUCCAGUGACAUCCUUUAAGGACCCUAUAUGGGACACUGUUGGGGAGGAGCUGUGGCCUAUGAUUGCCAAAUCACUUUGUACUAGUCGUCUUGCUCGCCAAGGAAGAGUUGCUUCGACUGGUACAAGGGAUAGUAACUUAGAGAUUCUUGUGGGAGAUAAUGGUUGGGUUGACCAUCGUGAAAAUGGAAUAGCAUAUUCUUUCGAUGCCACCAAGUGCAUGUUUUCCUGGGGCAAUCUUUCUGAGAAACUUCGGAUGGCCCAUCUGGACUGUAAAGAGGAGACCAUUGUGGAUUUAUUUGCUGGAAUUGGAUAUUUUGUGUUGCCAUUUCUUGUCGGGGCUAAAGCAAAACUGGUCUAUGCUUGCGAGUGGAAUCCUCACGCUAUUGAGGCACUUAAACGUAAUUUACAAGCUAAUUGUGUGAGCAACCGCUGUAUCAUUCUUGAAGGAGAUAACCGGGAGACAGCACCUAAGGGAGUUGCUGAUCGGGUUUGCCUUGGUCUCCUUCCAACAAGUGAGGGUAGCUGGGUGACUGCUGUGAGGACAUUGAGAAGUGAAGGCGGGAUGCUACAUGUGCAUGAUAAUGUGAAGGACUCCGAAGAAGAAUUGUGGACUCGACACCUCCUACAAUCAAUAGCUGAAAUUGCUAGAUCUGAAGGUCAUCAUUGGGAUGUUUCAAUAGAACAUGUUGAGAGAGUAAAAUGGUACGCACCACACAUUCGCCAUCUCGUCGCCGAUGUAAAAUGCAGAAGGAUUCAACAGAACAGGUUAUCAACUUAACAGUCGAGAUCAAUAAUCAAUGAGAAAAUUGACUGCUCUUGCUCAAAGGGGGGAUUUGUAUGGAAAUGUUAGCCAUAUCAUUAAAGUUCAUGGCAGCUGAGAACUGUUCUUUCUGCUCAAUGUUGGAGAUUUUGGAAUCACUGCUGAAUGUUGGAUGGUAGAAUUAUCCCAUAAACAGGGCUUCUUAUUUAUGUGACAAAUUUCAUGUACACCAACUGUUCUAGCUAAAUUAAAUAGUGAAUUAAAACCUGAUUAUUCCUUCUGGAAA